AUGAGCGACGAAACCAAGGAUGGGAAGAAAACUCCCUCCGAAGACGAGAAGGACAAGGAAUUUGAGGAGAAAAUAAAACACCUGACCCUGGACGAGAGAGUGAAGAAGGCCCUGAACCUUAAGCUCGAGGGGAACAAUGAAUUUAAGAAAAAAAAAUACCAAGAAGCCAUCAGCAAGUACAAGGAAGGGUUGAAGUACAUACACAAGUUGGAAAAUAAAAAUGAAAAAAUGAUCGAAUUGGAGGUGGCCUUUUAUCAAAACAUGAGCAUAUGCUAUUCCAACGUAGAGAAUCACAACCAAGCGUAUGAGUACGUAAAAAAAGUACUACAACUGGAUAAGGAUAACGCCAAGGGGUUGUUCCGACUGGGACAAAUUGAAUUCAACCGAUGCAACUUUGACGUGGCGAAGGAGAAAAUACAAGAUUUUAUUAAGGCACACCCAGACAAUAUGGAAGCCAAGAAGCUGCUUAAAAAUAUCCUCAUCAAACAGAACGAACACAAUAAGAAACAGAAGCAGGCCUUCUCCCAAAUUUUCGAAAAAGCCUCUGGACUGUACGAUGACAGAGAAAAGGAAAUACAGAGGAAGAAGAAGGAAAAAUAUGAAAGUUACUUGAAAUCGUGUGCUGAGAAGAACGAAAAGAUUGUCGACUUUGACGAGUGGGAAGUUAUGGAGAGAGAGAAGCAGAAUGAGGAGCAAAAGCAGAAGGAUGAGAAGAAGCAGAGCAAAGCGGAGAAGAAGAAGUCAAAGUAUAACGAUAAUAUGAAAAAAAAAAGUGAAUCACUCACGUCCAACACGACGAAUAAUUCGUCCUGCUUAGACAUAGACGAGGAAGACCAAAAAAUAAUCGACGAGACCAAAAAAAUGGGGUACUGCUAUUUUAGGAAAGACAUAAAAGAAGACGAUAAAAAAUUUUUCGAGAAAAAUAUGCCUCAAAAAAUAGAGCAUAACAUUAGUGAUGACUACAAUUUGUAUAGCAAUGAAAAUAAAGCCAUCUCCGCUUGGAACGCAGCCGGAACUACAUAUGAAGAGAAGGACAAGAGCACGUGGGCAAAACAGAAAUUAGAGCAGUGCUUCAAAAACAUCCACUUUAAGAACACAGAAAAGUCAGACUUGCUCAAUUUAAAUAACCAAAAUGAAUAUAACUUGUUGAAUGCCGAUUAUCCGGAAAUCCUACCAAUUCAAUAUUUGAACAAAAUUGAGGUCAAGGAGAUCAAAGACCUCAACGUGGAUGCUCAGAUCGUCGUCAUACGGGGCACGAAGAGGCACAUCUUUGAGCUCUCCUGCAAUUUGUACGUAACUCUAAACAUCAACAUCACUGAAUUCCACAUACAUAAAAUUAUCGUCCAGAUAGCCGAACUUUCUAGCGAAUUAGAAGCGGGCAAAACAUGGAGAGACUACAUCACUGUGAGGAAAAACGACAAAUUGAAAGUCCCAGACAAGCUGUUCAGCAACAUCUAUGAGUUCCUCAUCGAGAAGGUGGAGAACCAAGUCAGGUACUUCACAGAGGAGUACAGUAAGAUGUGA